UGGCGGCAGGAAUGCGGCGCGGCCCCUCCGCACCCCGAGGUGCCCCCGGCUGUGCGGGAGCGGGGCCCGAGGGGCCGCCCGCUGAGAAUUGCUGUUAUGGCAACUCAAGUGCUCGGCCAGUCUGGUGGCAAUGGCUUGUUUCCUGGCAAUGCUAACAUUGGUAUGGCAUUGUCUAACGACAUGUAUGACUUGCACGACCUUUCUAAGGCUGAGCUGGCUGCUCCUCAGCUCAUUAUGUUGGCAAAUGUGGCCUUGACAGGAGAAGUCAAUGGCAGCUGCUGUGAUUACCUGGUUGGAGAGGAGAGGCAAAUGGCUGAACUGACAACAGUGGGGGAAAGCAACUUUUCAGACAGCGAUGGAGAGGGCAUGGAAGAUGCACAGGAAAUGGAGAGUGACCCUGAUGGACCAGAGAACAUGGAAUUAGAAACUCUUGAAAUGCCUAACGUGGAAACCCAGGAUCCAGCAGCUUGCCCGCCUCCUGAGACUUGUAGCCUAGACAAGGACCAGUCAUUGGAAGCACCAAGUACUCCAGAGGGCACAGAGGACAAAUGCAAAAACUUGAAGAGCAAACCGUUUCGUUGCAAGCCAUGCCAGUAUGAGGCUGAGUCUGAGGAGGAAUUUGUGCAUCACAUCAGGGUUCACAGUGCUAAGAAAUUCAUCGUAGGAGAGAAUGCAGAGAAGCAAGCCCAGGUGAAAGAGUCUGAUUCUUGCACCACAGAAGAGGCAGAUUUCUCUAAGGGGCCUAUUCGAUGUGAUCGCUGUGGCUACAACACUAACAGAUAUGAUCACUAUUUGGCUCACUUAAAACACCACAACAAAGCUGGUGAAAACGAGAGAGUCUAUAAGUGCACCAUAUGCACUUAUACGACAGUCAGUGAAUAUCACUGGAAGAAACAUCUAAGAAAUCAUUUUCCUAGGAAAGUGUACACAUGCUCACAGUGCUCCUAUUUUUCAGACAGGAAGAAUAAUUAUAUUCAACACAUUCGAACUCAUACAGGGGAGCGUCCCUAUCAAUGUGCUAUGUGUCCUUAUUCAAGUUCUCAGAAGACCCAUUUAACCAGGCACAUGCGUACUCAUUCAGGUGAGAAGCCAUUUAAAUGUGAUCAGUGCAGCUAUGUUGCCUCAAACCAGCAUGAAGUAACUCGUCAUGCAAGGCAGGUUCACAAUGGGCCUAAACCUCUGACCUGCCCACACUGUGACUACAAGACAGCUGACCGAAGUAACUUCAAAAAGCACGUAGAGCUUCAUGUCAAUCCACGUCAGUUCCUUUGUCCUGUCUGUGAUUAUGCUGCAUCCAAGAAAUGCAACCUGCAGUAUCACAUCAAAUCCAGGCAUUCUGAUUGUUCUGAUAUCACAAUGGAUGUUUCCAAAGUGAAGCUACGGACUAAAAAGAGUGAAGCAGAACUUUCUGAAAGUGCCAAGGACAAGACAGAAAAAGAACAAACAAAAGGCGAGUCAGCUGAAAAGAAAAAUGAAAAAGCUGUAAAAGUGGAGAAAAAGGAGAGCUUAUCAAAGGAAAAGAAGUCAGCCAGCAAUGUUUGUGUAGGUCAGGUGACCACCAGAAGUCGUAAAUCAGCUGCUGAAAACAAGGAGGCGGAUGUUAAAAGUGAGAAAAGUGCAGAGAAAUCAUGUAAAACAAAGAAGACUAAAAGAAAGGCAGAGGUUGAAUCAGUUUCCUUAGAGCAAGAUCUUGCAAAUGACACACAAACAAUAGCAAAAAAGAAAAAGAAGAUAGAAAAUAAAUCACGAAGCAAUCAGGAAGCCCAAAAGGGCGAAGUCACAUCAGAAGCACCUAAAAAGCUAAACUCUUGCCUUAAGAAAAACAGGAAAAAGAAGGCUAUAAAGAAUAAGCAUAGCAAAAAAAGCAGUAAAUCUGAUCAGGAAAAGAUCCCAGACGAAGCAGCCCCUGAAAAGCCUCCCAUCACAGAAGAGGAUGGAAACGGGAAGUCUGACAGUCCUAGUGAUGACCAGCAGCCAGAGCAAGACCCUGUUGCUCCAGCCCUGGCUGAUGCUGACAGCCAGAUCCCUGAUGGAGAAAGCCGGAUUCCUGAUGGAGAGUUUGUCCAGGACCAGGUAUUCCCUCCUCCACAGCCUCUAGAGGAAAAUGUGGAGCUAGAGGUGAAAGUUCAGGAAGCACCUGUUGCAGAGGAGGAGAACAAAGAAGCUGUUAAUGAGAAGGAAGUUGAGAAUAAACCUGACCAAAAGCAAGCCACCUGCCCUGAGGAGUGUCCCAGCACAUCUGAACAAAGCCAGGAAAAAACCCUAGAUGUGCCAAAUGAUGCAGUUCCAGACCUGAUACCUCCGCUGGAGCCAGAACAAGCCUGCGAGGCAGAACCUGUGACACAUCCAGAUUCAGCUGAUCCGGCAAAGGCAGACUUGCCUGCGGAAGAGCCAGCCCCAACGCUGCCAGCACCAGAAAAGUGUGAGCAGGGUCCUAAAGAAGCCUUGGCUUUAUCAUCUCCAGACAACACAGCAGUAAAUGAAUCUCAGGAAAUCGAUGAGGACGAAGGCAUCCACAGUCACGACGGCAGUGAUAUAAGUGACAACAUAUCUGAAGGGAGCGAUGAUUCUGGGUUAAACGGUGCUCGGUCUGUACAGGAAGAAACGAGUAGAAAAGCAUCGCAGGAAGCUGCAGAAGCCGCAGUUGCAAAGGAGAACUAUGUGUGUAUUUUUUGUGAUCGUUCGUUUAAAAAAGAAGGCGAAUACAGUAAGCACCUCAAUCGCCACUUGGUGAACGUGUAUUACCUUGAGAAGGCAACAAAGGAGCAGGAAUAACCGAACUGCAGUUGGGUAGCAAGUUUAUUCUUUUUUCUGUAAGAUCUUAUACAGCUUAUGUACAGUUACUGUAGAAUCUUUUUUGAGAUGCCGUCUGCUUUAAUUAGUAUUUGGCUUAAUGACUUUUUUAAAGUUGAAAAUAUUUUUGCCAACUUUUAUGUAAUAUUGAAUUCAUUAACAGUUAUAUCUCUUGAGAAGGUGAGUAGGGUGUGCGAGGCUGUAUUGUAUUAAAUCAGUGUAAGCCUCCAGUUUGUUAGUUCAUGCAAUUGUUUUAUAAAUGGAGUAUUAGCAAACAGACUAUAGCUACCCCAAAGUAAGUCAGAUCUUUCUAGAACAGUAGGCAUUAGUUUCUUUUUAUUUGUGCAGCCAGAUUUUAUUUUAAGUUUUAGGUUUUUCAUUAUCUGAAGAUAUGGUGGUAUGCUAAGUGUUUAAGCUACUCGGGUUUUUUUGUUUUUUUUUUACAGACAGGUUCUGUUUCAUAAA